CCCGCAAUCCUCCGCGCUUCCGCCGCACCGGGCGGCUUCCUAACUCGCCAAGCUUCUCCUCUCCUUUGCGCGGGAGAGCGAGGCCUCCCGCGGUCGCAGCACCGCCCCAGCGGCCGCCAGGGCCCCUCCUCUCUGCAGAGGAACGACGCCUGACCCGGACCCUCUGCGCGCGGCACGGUGGCUGGCUGCCCUCACUCAAGAUGGCGGCGCCGGGGGGGCGUGGCCGGUGACGCGGAGGCCCGAGCAGGGCGGGAACAUGGCGGCGGCUGAGGAGCCGAGUCGCGGGGACCGGGAAGACGGGGAAGAGGAGGAAGAGGAGGAAGAGGAGGCCGAGCAGUUGGUUUUGGUGGAAUUGUCAGGAAUUAUUGAUUCAGACUUUCUCUCAAAAUGUGAAAAUAAAUGCAAGAUUUUGGGAAUUGACACUGAGAGGCCCAUUCUGCAAGUGGACAGCUAUGUCUUUGCUGGCGAGUAUGAAGACACUCUUGGGACUUGUGUUAUAUUUGAAGAAAAUGUUGAACAUGUGGAUGCAGAAGGAAAUAAUAAGACAGUGCUGAAGUAUAAGUGCCAUACAAUGAAGAAGCUCAACAUGACGAGAACUCUUCUGACAGAAAAGAAGGAAGGAGAAGAAAACAUAGGUGGUGUGGAAUGGCUGCAAAUCAAGGAUAAUGAUUUCUCCUAUAGACCCAACAUGAUUUGUAGCUUUCUACAUGAAAAUGAAGAUGAAGAUGUUGUAGUUCCAGCCUCAGAUAAACCUUUGGAGUUGGAAGAGCAAGAAAUUCAAAUGAAGGAUAAUUCAAACCUGAGUCACGAACAGGGGAAGCCACUGCACCUGGAAAUAGAGGAUUCUGGUCCUCUUAUUGAUAUCCCUUCUUUUGAGACAGAAGGUUCUGUUUUUAUGGAAACUCAAGAUGCUACUUUAGAAAGCUCUCCUAGAUGAAAUGUUUCUCGUAAUAACUAGUCGUGAACUUUUUAGAGUUUUUAUAUAAAAUAUUUGGCUGUGUAGCUUUCAGUUCACUAUUAUUUUAUUUUUGUUGGCUAUACACAUAUUUCCAAUUAUAGCUACAACUUAAUAUAACAGAAUCAUUAAGGACCAGGUAUGAACUGAAUUUUUUAAAAUAUGGUUUAAAUGACUAUAGCAACCCUUCUCUGCUGAGUCCUUUAAAUUGGAGAUUUUACUAAGGUAAGUGUAUAAGUUUUCUAUUUCGGCCAUCAUAAACUACCACAAACUUAGUGGCUAAAAACAGCAGGAAUGUAUUUUCUUACAGUUUUGUGUGUCAGCAGCUGGACAUGGGCCUCACCUGGGCUGAAAUCAGGGUGCUGGUAGGGCUUUAUUCUUUUCUGAAGAGGGGCGUGGGGAGACAUUUCCUUGUUCAUUCAGUUGUGGGCAGAAUUCAACUCUUGGAGUUGAAGGAUUAAGGUCCCAUUUCCUUGCUGUCAGCAAAGGGCCAUUCCGGGCUUUUAGAGGCUGCCUGCAUUCCUUGGCUCAUGGUCCCCUUCUCUUCAAAGCCAGCAAUGGCAGGUCAAGUCCCUCUCACGCUAAAAUCUAUGCUGCUUCCACCAUCCUGUCUCUAACCAACCCUUCCUGCCUUUGCCUUUAAAGGUCCAUUUGAUUACAUUGGGCCCACCUGGAUGACCUUCCUGUUUUAAGGUCUGUAACUUUAAUUUCAUUUGCAAAGUCUGUUUUGCCAUGUAACUUACGUAAACAGGCAUAAAACUGAGGAUUAGGGCCUGAAAAUUUUGGGGGGCCAUUUUCCGGUCUACCACAGUAAGUAUUAUAUCUAGGAACAGAAAAAGAAUUCAGAAGUGCUUAAGGAUAAAGUUCAAGUUCCUGAUAGUCCAGCUGUAAUUCCACUCCUCUCCCCCUUGAGAAAGAUACUGGAAUUCAGCUGUAACAGUCAUUCUAUUAUGGUGAUGAGCAGAUCUGGUCUAAUUUGUAUUUUUUAAGUAAAUUAUUCACAAACUUUAAUACUUUGUUAUAGGUUGAACUAUAUGAAAUUGCCAAUAUUCAAUUGUUUCUAACUACAAAAAACAGCAACUUCGUAUGGUUUAACCUGGUGUUGAUAUGUUAAAACACACCUCACAUUAAUUAUAUCUCAUAAGUGUUGGAGAUAUAACUGUUUUUUGUGACAGAUCAGAUAACUAAUGUUCUAGGGUGAGGAAUUUUUUUCUUCAAUAAGUUUUGUAACUUUUCAAAAAAAAACUUACGCUGAUUAAAAACAUUUCCAAAUCAUAACUGCAUAUGUCUUCCCAAUUUUUAUACGGCUUUUUUAGCCUCAGCUUUUGUUAAUAAAAAGCUUACUUUUCCCACCAUAUGUCUGUGUAGGAGAGACUGCUAAUUAUCUGACCCAAUAUCUGUUCUUCCUUUUUUUCUUUGUAACAGAAUCCCAGAAUUUAUUCAGGUUAUCAAUGUGCCCAGCUUUCCUUGCGUGUAUACAUGGCCAUUUGACUAAAUUCUGGGCAGUGACAUGGAAUUAGAAGUGUCAAGAGUGGGAUGAUUCUGGCAAGUUUCCUUAACCCUUAAGGUGUAAGAGGAAAUGGGCCAGCUCAUCUUCUCUUUCUUCCUGCUGGGACAUGGCUGUGGCGGCUAGAGUUCCACCAGGCUUCGUAGACUGUAAAGUAGCCUUGGAAAUAGAAGCCCUGGGUGGCAGAGCAGCAAGAUAGAAGAUCGGAUUCUGACGCUGCUGCUGCCCUAGACUGCUGUGAACAGAGGGUUAGUAAAACCCUUCUUUUUCUUCCUAGUAGAAUGAGCUCGACUUUACCUUUCAGCAGCGUUUUCUCUGGAAACCUGCUGGACAAGGUACCAAUAGAACAUCAGCUGUAAUGCCAGGCGAUAUUGUUUGUCAUUUAAAAUUACCCUUAUCGGUAAGCUGUACCUGGACCAGGACGACUGGGACAAGUGCUAUAAAUGUCCAUUGGAAAGCGUGGACUUUGGACUUCCUUAAGUGCUGUGUUUCUUUUUGCAAAGAUCCCUGGAAGCGACACUCAUGGGCUCUGAAGAGAUAUUGGUUCUUAGGGAGCAUGAAGGUUGUAAGCCAAUGUGGCUUCUGCACCCACCCAGAUGAUCUUGUUCCCUUAGAGUGGAGCUCACACUUGGGAGUCUGGAGCAAAGACUCCUGCUGAAACAAGUCAUGCUGCUGUGCUUUUUCCUAUGAAGUCAAGUGAGCCGCUGCAGGUUGGGUCCCCCAGGCUUAUUGGGUCCUGUGAGCGAAUGUCAUUCCAAAACUCUGACUACUACUGCUGUUCAGGCAGAGAAGGCAUUGCAACUACCUACCUCUGGCCUUUUACGUGAGAGAAAUAACUUCUCUCUUGUUUAAGUCACUCUGUAAUUGCCACAGUUAACCCUAAUGGAUACAUUGUGCAUUUUAGAAAACUUGAAAAAUGUAGAAAAGUAUAAAGAAGUUGAGUGGAAGCUUCUUGAGAUUUGUAAACUUGUAAAAGAAACUGAUGUAGACUAUUAGGUAAGUUACACCUUAAAUUGAAGAAGAAAAUGAAAUCAUAAAUUCUGAAGAGAAUAUGUGUUUUAGCUUCUUACCUGUUAAUAGGAUAGAUGUUUGGAAUUUAGUGAAAUAAAAUCUUAUUUUUCAACCAUGAAAUAUUUUGUAAGACUAGAACUUCAUGUAUGAAUUUCUCCUCUGUUGGUUUGCCUUGUAACUUACUAGGAUUACUCAUCUUGGAACCAGUCUCUCUGUAGCUGUCACACUAAAGACUACUUCUGACACCAAAUGCAGUGGGUGGCUUUUACUUGCAAAUGAUGGUGUUCUAUUCAAAAGGGAUCAUAUUGUUAGAAUGUAUCAUGGAGAAUUCUUCCUUAAGGCCAUUAUAGAAAUGUUUGAAAACCCACCCGUUUUUCUUUUGUUUUUCUUUUUUGAGGGAAGUACUGGUAUUUUGUCUCUGGGUUUAAUGUAACUGUACUUACAUAACAUUAAUGCGAAUGUCAAGGUAGCAAGAGGUUCUAGUUUUCUCAGAUCCAAAAUAAAAUUUCUUUCACUA